CGGAAGUGGUCAAGCGGAAGAGCGGUUUUUGCGCUGUGCAGAAAAUGCAAGGGCAGUUUUGUUUGUUUUUAAUGUUUUCUCUCUUAAUGGCGUGCUCUCGCGCGUGAACAGAAAACAGCAAAGGUUUUUCGAGUUUCUUGUGUAAUGAAAGGAUGCCGCUGGGUUUGAAGCCAUGUUGUGCUGUCUGCAAGACGAACUCGUCGUCUAUGUGGAAAAAGGGAAACCAGGGAGAAAUCCUGUGUAACAACUGUACAGCUAAAAGCACCAUCAUAGGAGCAGCAGGACUGACCGUGUCCACCAACACGCAGCAGAGCAACGGCGGGGGAAAGCAGUCUAAACAGGAAAUCCACAGACGAUCAGCACGAUUAAGAAGCACCAAGUACAAGGCUCCUGCAUCUGAGAAGAAAGUUUCAUCGAAAGGAAAAGGAAGACGGCAUAUUUUUAAACUUAAAAAUCCUAUCAAAGCUCCCGAAUCUGUGUCCACCAUAAUCACGUCAGAGUCGAUCUUCUACAAGGGUGUUUACUAUCAGAUAGGAGAUGUGAUAAAGGUAACAGACGAAGAGGACGGUAAACCUUAUUUUGCACAGAUCCGUGGUUUUGUUCAGGACCAGUACUGUGAGAAAAGUGCUGCAUUAACAUGGCUGAUUCCUACACAGUCUAGUCCAAGAGACUACUUUGAUCCAGGCACCUACAUAGUUGGUCCAGAAGAGGAUUUGCCCAGAAAAAUGGAAUACCUUGAAUUUGUUUGCCAUGCACCAUCAGAAUAUUUCAAGUCAAGGAGCUCCCCAUUUCCAACAAUACCUAAUCGCCCAGAGAAAGGCUACAUUUGGACCCAUAUUGGACCUACACCCACUGUGGCAGUCAAAGAAACUGUUGGUUGUAAUUAACUGUAACCUUAUGAACUGGAUAAUCAAAUAUUCAUUAAGAAAGAAUUAGUAUGUGAAAGGUAAAAGGUUCUUUCUCCUGACCAUAUAUUUUGAUGUUCCUCAUGUGACUACCAAUGUGACUAUUUGAUGGUUAGGUCAUUACCAGUCUAAACAGGUAACACGUGAAAACGACACACAUUUCCUCAAACACAUUUUGGAAAGACUAAUCUACAUUGUAUUGUUCAGUGUAAAGAGAACAAGGCUAGUCCUCUAGAAGACCUCAUCCCUGCCCAUGAACAUUGUAAAUAUCAGAUAGUUGGACUUUGUGUUGGAUGUUCAAGAAGAAA